AUGUCAGCUACAACGACUACAGCAGCUGUUCUUCCAGCUGUUCAAUUAAAUGUCAAUUAUGGUGAGGUCAAGAAUAUAGUUAAGGAUUUCUUGACUGGAUUUAAAGAUACAACAAUUGAUAUUGAUGAAGAAAUUGAACAAGUCCAUUCUGGUAAAUAUAUGAAUGUUUUACAACAAGUCGCUAAUAGACAAAAAUCUACUGUUUAUAUUGAAUUGGAUGACUUAAAAAGUUUUUUGCUUAAUUAUGAUCCAGAAAGUUCAACUGCGUUUAAUCAAGCACGUACUUUGUUACCAACAAUUAUUUCCAAUACUCGUCAUUUUGUUGAAUUAUUUAGCGAGGUUAUUGAUGAUAUCAUGCCUGAACCAACUGAAGAAGUUAGUUACCGUGAUGAUGUUUUAGAUGUUAUCUUACACCAAAGAAGAUUGAGAAAUACUAGAUUACAACAAGAAUCAAAUGAAGAAUUUAAUCAAUUAAGAGAAGGUUUCACUCAACCAGAAGAUGGUGGUGAUGUUGAAAACCCAGCCGAUCCAAAUUUGUUUCCAGCAAAACUUACAAGAAGAUAUUGUUUAUAUUUUGCUCCUUUAAGUAAUUCUAAAUCAUUAUCAGUUCGACAAACUAAAGGUAAAUAUGUUGGACAUUAUAUUACUGUCAGAGGUAUUGUCACUAGAGUUUCAGAUGUUAAACCAAGUGCUUUAGUCAUUGCUUAUACUUGUGAUAAAUGUGGUUAUGAAAUUUUCCAAGAAGUCAACUCAAAAGUAUUCACCCCAUUAACAGAAUGUAGUUCACCAAGUUGUGUUAAUGAUAACAACAAAGGACAAUUAUUCAUGUCAACUCGUGCCUCCAAAUUUUCUGCAUUUCAAGAAGUUAAAAUUCAAGAAUUAUCAAGUCAAGUACCAGUUGGUCAUAUUCCUCGUAGUUUGUCAGUUCAUGUCAAUGGGGAUUUGGUCAGAUCAAUGAAUCCUGGUGAUACUGUUGAUAUAUCUGGUAUUUUUAUGCCAAGUCCAUAUACCGGUUUCAGAGCUUUAAGAGCUGGUUUAUUAACCGAAACUUAUUUGGAAGCUCAACAUGUUAAACAACACAAGAAGCAAUAUGACUUGAUGACUUUGUCUAGUCAGGCUCAAGAGAAAAUCGAUGAAUUGUUGAUGAAUGGUGAUGUUUACAAUAAACUUGCCAAAUCUAUUGCACCAGAAAUUUAUGGUCACUUGGAUGUCAAGAAAAUCUUGUUGUUAUUGUUAUGUGGUGGUGUCACUAAAGAAGUUGGUGAUGGUUUGAAAAUUAGAGGUGAUAUUAAUGUUUGUCUAAUGGGUGAUCCGGGGGUUGCCAAAUCUCAAUUAUUAAAAGCCAUUGGUAAAAUUGCACCAAGAUCCGUUUAUACUACUGGUAGAGGUUCUUCUGGUGUUGGUUUGACUGCUGCAGUUAUGAGGGAUCCAAUUACCGAUGAAAUGGUUUUGGAAGGUGGUGCUUUGGUGUUGGCUGAUAAUGGUAUCUGUUGUAUUGAUGAAUUUGAUAAAAUGGAUGAAACUGAUAGAACUGCCAUUCAUGAAGUUAUGGAACAACAAACCAUUUCUAUUUCCAAAGCUGGUAUUACUACUACUUUAAAUGCUAGAACUUCUAUUUUAGCAGCAGCAAAUCCUUUGUAUGGUAGAUACAAUCCAAAAUUAUCCCCACAUGAAAAUAUCAAUUUACCAGCAGCAUUAUUAUCCCGUUUCGAUAUUAUGUUUUUGAUUUUGGAUCAACCAAGUCGAGAAAAUGAUGAAAGAUUAGCUCAACAUGUUGCUUAUGUUCAUAUGCAUAACAAACAACCAGAUAUGGAUUUCACACCAAUCGAUUCUAAUACUAUUAGAGAAUAUAUCUCCAGAGCCAGAACUUUCAGACCUGUUGUUCCUAAAGAAGUUGGUGAUUAUGUUGUUCAAUCUUAUAUUAAUAUGAGAAAAGAAGCCCAUAGAAAUGAAGGGUCAGUAAAGAAAUUCAGUCAUAUUACUCCAAGAACCUUAUUGGGUAUAUUAAGAUUGGCCCAAGCUUCUGCCAGAUUAAGAUUUGAUAACAAUGUUACUUUUGAAGAUGUUGAUGAAGCUUUGAGAUUAAUCCAAGUCAGUAAGUCAUCCUUGUAUGUUGAAGAUAAUGGUUUCAGAGAAGAUGAAAGUAGUACUUCAAAGAUUUAUCAAAUUAUCAGAAACAUUGCUAUUGGUGAUGGUACUAGAUUUAGUAAAACAUUACCAAUGAGUGAGUUGAGAGAUAGAGUUAUUGCUAAAGGAUUCACCAUCCAACAAUUUGAUGAUUGUAUUAUUGAAUAUGAUGGUGUUGGUAUCUGGCAAAAAAUUGAUAAUGGUGAAACAUUGAUGUUUACCAACACCGGUGACGAUGACGAUGAAACAAUGAUGGAUUAA